AUGUUUGUCAAGAAAAUUGCGACAAGACUUCGAUUGUCUCAAAAACGAAAUGAUAAGGAGUGUCGGGAUGAAAAUAGAAAAAUCAUUACGCUUGAUAGAGUUCUACGAAUCUUUGAACAGGAAGAAAUAGAAAUAAGACAACCAUGGGAAAAGUUUAAAGUUUGUUGUCCGAAGAUGAUCCUCUUUAUGGUCAUAUCGCUUACAGGGAAAUUCAUAGAAAAUAAAACGGAGAAGUUUUUCCUGUGGAGAUGUAAAGAGUUUUCUUCAAUUAUCUCGGUGGAUGAAAAAGACAAGAAUAUUGAAGAGCAUACAAGUGAACAUGGAGCUUUAAUUAGAGCAGCUGGAAGCAUUUGGUUUUUAGUGAAAGCAAAAAAAGGAAGAAGAAAACAUUCAAAAAUAUCUAAGAAAACUUUAAAUGGUGAAAGUUCAUUACAAGGAAAAAUGAAUGAAUGA